AUGCCUACCACAGAGAACGCAAUCUUCCCCUUCAAAGCCGGCAUGAAUGUCAGCGACCCUGAAACCGAUGCAGCAAAGGUCGUUGAGAGCACGUUCGCUACGCUGAGGACAGUCGACGGCAUGAGGCAGAUCAACUUUGGGUCGUCAGUCGAGAACCCUACCGAUUUUCAGCUCAUGGUUGAAUGGGACAGCCUGCAGAGCCACAAGGAUUUCAUGGCCUCGAGCACAUAUGGGCCCUUCCUGGAUCGAUUCAUGAGCUUGGUGGAUGGCGAGCCGAAGAUGAUGCACGCCGACUUCAAGCCCGAAGGCAACGCCACGAAAUGCCUCUCCGCCCCAGCGACCGAAAUCGCAACCUUCUACUUCGACGGCGAGCCGCCCUCCGAUUACUUCGAGAACGUCAAGAAAGCCACCGAGGGCGCGUUCAAGGACGCCGACGGUAUCCUCGGCUGGGCGGUCGGGACGACGCACGAGGAGGUCGCGAGAGAGGGUGUCAAGGGCAAGGCAGCUGUCUUGUUGAUCGGGUGGCAGUCUGUAGAUCAGCACAUGGCGUUCCGGAACACGCAGGUGUUCAGGGAUAAUAUCCAUUUGCUGCGGGGCAGUGCGAAGAGGAUCGAGAUGCAUCAUGUGAACCCGGCCGCGUAG